AUGGAUGGGACAAACUGCACUUCCAUGACUGAGUUCAUUCUCCUUGGAUUAUCAGAUGCCACUGACAUUACAGACAUUCUUUCCCUGUUCUUCCUUAUCAUCUAUGUAGUCACAGUCGUCACCAACCUGGGCAUGGUUGCACUGAUUCAGGUCAGCUCUCAACUUCACACUCCUAUGUACUUCUUCCUCAGUCACUUGUCCUUUGUGGAUUUCUGCUACUCUUCAGUCAUUGUGCCCAAAAUGCUGGCUAACAUACUCAACAAGAACAAAGCCAUCUCUUUCCUGGAAUGCAUGGUACAAUUUUAUCUGUUUUGCACUUGUGUAAUCUCUGAUGUCUUCCUGCUGGCUGUGAUGGCCUAUGACCGCUUUGUGGCCAUCUGUAACCCUCUGCUGUACACAGUCAUCAUGUCUCAGAAGCUCUGUGUGGUGCUAAUAUCUGGCUGCUACCUCUGUGCUUCUGCAUGUGCUUUGAUUCACUUGUGUUUAGCCCUCCAGAUACCAACCUACAAGUCAAAUGUGAUCAACCACUUCUUCUGUGAUCUUCCCCCUCUCUUAAGUCUUGCUUGCUCUGAUGUCACUAUUAAUAAGGUGCUGCUCUUCAUUGUGGCAGUUUUCAAUGAUUCCCUUACCAAUAUGAUCAUUCUCACUUCUUACUUCUUUAUUCUCAUCACUGUCCUGAGGAUGCGCUCUACAGAGGGAAGGCACAAGGCAUUUUCCACUUGUGUCUCUCACUUCACAGUCAUCAUUGUCUUCCAUGGAACAAUCAUUUUUAUUUAUUGUUCACCCAGUUCAGACAAUGGUGGGGAUGCUGACAAAGUAGCCACAGUGUUCUACACCAUAGUGAUUCCCAUGCUGAAUCCCCUCAUCUAUAGCCUGAGGAACAAGGAUGUGAAAGAUGCUCUUGGAAAAGUUUGGAAUAUUUUAUUGCCAGAACACAGAAUUCCAAAGCAGAGACAGGUGGGGGUAUUAAUAGAGAAGCUGUAA